UAGAUGCGUCAGGUAGGUGAGCGAAGGCGGAAGGAGCUGCGGCUGCUGGCUAAUUGGGUCAUGGGAGGCCCGAGGAGUCCGUCAGGCUUCCCCCGAGAAGUCAGCAGGCGCGUUAAUUUGGAGAGAAGCUGAGAUUUCCUCUGUAGCAGAGCGACCAUCUGUCAGAGAAGCGGGGUGUUGUCCACAUCGCCGUGUACAGGAGAAAAGCUGUUAGUGUCUUCUUGAAGGUGGGGAAUUGGCAAGACCAUGUUAAGAAAGUGAACGUUGGUGGAGAGACAGUACCCGACCUGACAUAAGGGCAGCUAUGUACCAUCAGUUAUGAUAGCGAGAUGUCGCUGUGAUUGAGGAAAGUUGAAGCAGACCGCAAGCCAUUACAGUCAAGAUUGUGGAUUCGGCCACUGCAAAUCGUUCUUUAUAAAAGAACACUACCGUAUCCGCAGAACUCAGUAUGCUACCCGCGGCAGUGAAGCGAUGGCUCUACAAGCCCAAAAGAUCCGACCCACACCUGUUGGCUCAAUUCUUCUAUGCAGAUAAGGAAGUGACUCGAGUGAUGAUAGAGCUGAAUAACGUGCAUAACGACCCCCAAGAGUAUGUGUUGCAACUGAACAAUCUUCGAGCCAAACAGGAUCAUAUGCUGCAGAUAAUUAAUCAAAUCAUGGAUGAAUGCAUCCCCAAUGAGCGACCAAAUCGGGAGUUCCAAGUCAAGUUCCCUGAUGAGGUUUUGCAGGAUCAGCUGGGAGUACAGCUCUGGUUUGCUGCUGAGUGUUUGAUGGCCGGCUCCCUCAUUGAAGUGCAUGAAUCUGAGGUGUUUCUGUUGCGCCCUCUGGCGGAGGACCUGCUGCGCAGUCUGGAGGAAGUGCGAUCGCUUCUCCGGCAACAGUGUUUUACUGAUCACAUGGUCUAUACAGAUGAUAUCAAAGCAUCUCUCAUUCGGUUUGACAGGCUCUUUGCUGAGUUUGAAUACAGCUAUGUAUCUGCAGUGGUCCCCAUCAAGUCUCCCGAGGAGCUCUUCAACCAGCAACAGAUUAUUGUCCUGUUCUGUGAAACUAUAGAUAGGGCACUGAAACUGGGUUACUUGACACAAGAGAUGAUUGAUGGCUUAGAACCUGUCCUGAUGUUCACCAUCCCCCGGCUUGCUAUCAUUUGUGGGCUGAUGAUCUACCCAGAAGGACCUCUCAACUUAGAACAGCAGCCAAAUGACAUGUCCAAGCUUUUUAAACCAUUCUACGCCCUCUUGCAAAAAAUAAGGGACUUGCUUUACGUCCUCACAGAUGAAGAACUGUCUAUGUUGGAGAAGAGCUUGUGUGCUGUGGAAUCUGAGGAUCUCUUCAAUCCCCACAUGAUGUUUCCAAAUCUUUCAUCUCCUCUCCAAAACAACACAUCACCUCAUGAAAUGCUUGAUGAACCGACGCAUGCUAGCGGUGUUUCACCUAUUCAGUCUGGUGCAGAGGAACUUAACCACCCAGCACGUAAUGAGCCAUACUGCAACCAGUCUACCUUGCAUGCAUCUAAUUCGGUCGAGCAAACUCCACAUGAAAUACAACAUCUGUUGGAAGGUUCUAACUUUAUACUUGACAGAGGUUAUGAAAUGUGGGGACAGGAGUUCAGAUGGAUUGUGAAUGUUAACACAGAGGAGGAGGCACAGAAUCAGAAGGGCAUGAUCUUCGCAAAUCACUCCAUGUCAUCGUCAUCUACUUCCAGUGAUAGCCUGACUGAUUCCAAUAGCGUGCAGUUCUGUUGCGUUGCAACUAAAAGCCUUCAUUCAGAAACUGACCAUCCAAAGUUCCUUGAUGGUUGUGAGAUGGUAGGUACAUCCACAAUGACUACAAUUCAAGCUCCUAAUUCUCCAGGUGACUGCCAUGUACUAACACCUUCCAAACAAGAUCAUGCUGCUCAUUUCUUAAAUGCUGAUUGUCCAGAUGACCACACUGAAAAUCACAAACUGGGGGCAGCUUCGUUUCUUGGAGCAAGCCCAGAACGGAGCAAUUUUUCCAGAAGCAUCUCAAAUACUCUGGUGCCUGAACAGCCACGUAUGAGUGACAGCAGAUUGCCUGAAGGACAAGAUGAGCCUCAUGUUGUGGAUUGGGAAAUGGAAAGGGAAGCAGUACAAGCUAUGAAGACCUUGCUAAGAGAGGAAAUAAGAUCACGGUACCAGAACAGCAGUGACAUGCUUCACCGGCUCUUUGUUUGUAUCUCGGGAGUGGCAGACCAACUACAAACCAACUUUGCAGGAGACCUUCGACGGAUUCUAAAAACUGUCUUUGAGAUUGUGACAUCAACACCAGAAAGGAAUGAGGACAACAUGGAAGAGGAAAAAGAGGAGGAGCAUGUUAAUGCAGAACCCUCCUUGGAAGAUUGCGCAUUGUGUCAGGAACCGUGUUCAUCCAGAACUUCCAAUUUAAGCAUCACUAAACCAGAAGUACCUCCAGAGUGGAUUGCUGAUUCUGCCUGCAAUCAAUGCAUGUCUUGUAAAGCACCAUUUACAAUUCUCAGGAGACGGCAUCACUGCAGAAACUGUGGCAAGAUCUUCUGCUCCCGCUGUUCCUCCCAGACGGCUCCUUUGCCUUGGUAUGGACAGAUGAAGCCAGUCCGUGUAUGUUCACACUGUUACAUGUUUCAUCUCACUUCCUGUUACUCCAACACAUCUACGUGUUAGGCUGCUGUCAAAAUGGUAGAUUUGCUAUGAGAAAAGCUCUGGAAUAAACCUUCAGCAAUUUGGUUCCAGCGUCACAACAUUAUCAACUUUCCCACAAGUAAUCUAAUUUCCCAGGACCAAUUUUGUUAUACAAAUCAAUGUUUUUGAUUGUCGUGCAGAUCUAUAAAUAACUGCUGACAUGAGCACUUUCUACCUGGAGUAACUUAAAAGUAUCAAUGGUGCCUUCUCCACUGGGAAAUUAUUUUGUGGUUUUAAGGGAGCAGGUCAUCAGAGAAUCUAAAUUCAACUGUUUACAACAAUAUAAUUUGCUUAAGCUUUAAUUAACAUAAAUCCCUAAUGUAUCAGCAUUAAAAAGUAGUUGGGGAGGGGAGCAUCUAACCUUCCUGAGGCCAAGCAUUAUCCUUUGUUACAACGUUAUUUCUGAUGGGCUUAUAGUGAUCUAUCCAGAUAACAGGACAUUAUUGCAAUUGUGGGUUGUAGUUUUUCCGUGGAUCCAAGCAGAAUGCAUUCAUUUCCCCAUUUUAAGUUUCUCAUGUCAUUCUAUGUAAAGUUUGAAACAAUAUACGCAAUUGGUUCUUGAACUCUAUUAAAAUAAAGAUGUAUAUGAAGAUGGGUUUUCAAACCUUUUUAAGAAUGUUUUGCCUUCAGAUGGAAAGUGAACUUGCCAGUUCUGAUAUAAUGCACUGAUUUUUUUUUUAAAUGAAUACCCUAUCCAUGAUCUACCUUUGUUAUUUCCAGCCCCUAGUUAUGUUUCUGUGGUUAAUGCACUUCUGAAAUAUUACUCAAAUAUGCUGCUAAAUACCUCAAAACAUUUACACUGAUCCCAUUUGAAACUGCAGUAGGGGGAUAGUUUUAUAACUUCAGGUUAACUGGGUAAUAGGAAAUGCUCUCUAGAGAAUAUAUUUUCUAUUUCUGAAUGUAUGCAAUAAAUGACUUUAUUUGCAAGUCUAAUUCUGUUUGCAGAGAUGGGAGACUUUGUUUAAAAAUCAUCCUGUAAAUAUUAUAUUGUGUCUGUCCAUCUCUUCAUCCUUCAAUGUUUAGAUCUUCAACUUGUCCAAUAAUUUCUAUUUUGGAUUAUCUUGAAUGGGUAAUAUUUUUCUUCUCUGGAAACUAAGCCUAAUAUAGAAUUGUCACCAAGGCUGUAUCUUGAUCUCUCUAAAGACGAUCAGUUUCACCAUUGUGUGUCAGCCCACCAGUUGCUCUUUGACUACAAUAUUCAGGGACUUGAGCUCACUUGGAUUUACUGAAAUUCUUCCCUCAGUUAAUUAUGUUUAAAAAGUAAAUUUUAUGGUGGCAUUCCUGAGUCAAAGUAGCCAGUACUUUAAAAGUCUAUCCAUUACUAAUGCCUAACAAAAGAUGGAAUGUCUUUUGCUGUGGUCUAUAGGUAACACUUAUCACUACAGUAAUAUAAUCAUCAGCAUAAUCACAGGGAAAAUGCAUAUGACAUUUUGCCUUGUACAUGUAUUGAAUUCUGAUCCCAUUUCUCAUGAUUCCAUCUUUUUAUAAUUUAAUUAUUUCAGAUUUUCAAAUAAAGUUUUAAAAAA